GUUCAGUUAUUCUCUGUAUAAACCAAAAACACAAAAUCAAGAAACCACUCUCAAACAUUUCAAGAAAAUCAUCAACAAAACCCUAAUCCAUGAAAUUCUUUCUCAUGUCUCUCUUCCUUCUUUCUCUCAUCCUCACCACCACCGCCGCCGCCACCACCGCUCCUCUCCCACCACCGACCAUCACCCCUACUCUCUCCCCCAGCGCCACCCCUCUCCCACCACCGACCACCACCACUUCACCAGUAUCUCAAGAAUUGCACCCCCAACAACAGCUCGGCAACAUAAUAGAAGCACUACUCGGUGCAGGGGCUUACAGCACCUGGGUCAACCUCCUCUCCGUCACAAACCCAGAAACGCUCUCUAUCACCGCCACCAUAUUCAUUCCGGCCGACGACUCUCCAUCUCCGAAGCCCACCACCAAGACUUUUGACCCACUCAUUUUCCCUUACCAUAUUGUCCCUCGACGCCUAAACUUCUCCGAUCUUUGUCACUUUAACAUCUCCUCCCGCCUCCCUACUUUUCUCUCUUCUAAGUCCAUUCUCGUCACUAAUAAUUCCGUUUCCAACUUUACCCUCGACGGCUCUCUCGUGACUCAUCCUGAUCUGUUCACUAACGAGAAUAUUGCCGUGCAUGGCAUUGCUGCUCUUCUUGAUUACUCUGUUUAUGGCGAUGCAAACCCUAAAAAACCAGUUUCUGAGGCGGAAGUUUGGUCCCGGCCACCGCAUGGUGGCGGUGUGGUUGUGCCUGAAGGUGAAAUGGUGAGUGAUCACAGUGAGUCUGGCGCUGGUUACUUGCGGAUGGAGUUUUUUCAGACUAUAGAGGUGGCGGUGUUUUGUGCUUUCUUGGUGGCAAAGAUUCAAAGACUCGAUCUUUAGAACAAUCUUGCAUGUGUAUUUCUUGGUGUUCAAGAUUCAAGAAUUCAGUUUUUUUUAGCAGAAUUUAGAAUUUGAUGGUGUAAUUUGAACAGAUGCUCUGUUUUCUUGGGUUAUUGCCAUUGAUUUUAGGUGUUAUGAUUGUGCAUUAGAGUACCCAUAAUUGUACAUUUGAUGAAGUUUUAACUUUCUUGUAAAUUUUCAAUUGAGUUUUGAUUUUAUCAGAUUCUGGUUAA